AAUGUUUACUUAGGAGAGUUUCUUCUCUGUGCGGGUGUUUAUUCAAGAUUUCGGUGUGAAAAUGCGUGAUUUUUCCAUUAUAAAUUCAUAAUCCAUCUCGCUGUGCACUCAGUAUUACGCAAACACCGAAGUGUGACUGAAAUCACUCGGGAAAGUGUGAUAAAAACAGUGUUUUUCUUCUGCAGACGCGCCCCGUUUGACAAACGGCAAAGAAGAUGUCCUUUCUGGAGAAGCGAAAUAGCGUCCUUAAUACGCGGAAUUUCAUCCUACGCGGAAUGUGUGCCAUCUAUCUGAUUGCCUUCCUCUCCUUCUACCAUCAGAGUGAAGGCCUCUUUGGCGACAAUGGCAUCCUGCCGGCGCGCAUCCACGUGAGCCACACGGCCAAGCUGACGGCGCUGCAGAAGCGCCCGUCCAUGCUGCACUUCGCCUACUAUCUCGGCAUCGACACGGCGUCAAUGGUGGACUUCCUGGCCAUCGCCGGCGUGCUGAUCAGCUUCGGCGGCUUCGUGUCGCAGGGCUUCUGUCUCACGUCCACCUUCGCGGCCCUCUGGGCGCUCUACUACUCCCUCACGCAGGUGACACAGGCGUUCGGCAAUCAGGCGGACGCGCUGCUGCUGGAGGCCGGUGCGCUGUGCCUCCUGCUGGCGCCCAUCAAUGACACGCGUCGCGAGACGCCCACGGAUCGCAUUGGGCUGCUGAUGAUGCGCUGGCUGCUGUUCCGCUUCAUGUUCGUGUCCGGCGGCGUGAAGUUGGCCACGGCGUGUCCGUUCUGGUGGAGCCUGACGGGGCUGGAGCGCCACUUCGAGACGCUGCCGCUGCCCACGCCGCUGUCCUGGUACGCCUUCCACCUGCCGCCGCACUACAACCAGCUCGGCAUGGUGUUCACGAAUCUCAGCGAACUGCUGGUGCCGUGGCUCUUCCUCUCGCCCAUGCUCACCAUGCGCACCGUGGCGUUCUACUGGCACAUGUUCCUGCAGUUCCACAUCAUCGUCACCGGCAACUACGGCUUCCUCAACUUCCUCAUCGUCAUCCUGCUCUUCGCCCUGCUUGACGACACGCACUUCCUCAAGCGGCGCGACUCUGGCGCCAAAGAGAGACUCACGCUGCUCCUGAAGAUCGCCAUCGUCGGCGCCAUCGCCUACGCCGGCUGCCAUCUCUACGGCAUUGGCUUCAGGAACGGCCAGUUCACGUUCAAGCUCAAGUUCAAGAAGGCGGAUUACGAGCACUUCUUCGCCAGCGCACUGAAGAUCUCGCCGCUGUUGCCGCUGAUCGGCGUAAUUGUGACGUUCAUGAAUGAGAUGAUGAGUCAUCCGUCGAUCAGGCGCGCCAGUUCGCUGCUCGGCAAGUUCGUCACCAUCCUCACCACGUCCUUCUUCCUCGUCUGCUGCAUUGGACUGAUCGGCAUGUCCACCGUGCCGCACCGCGGCGCGCACCGCGACGCCAACAUCAGCCACACGGAGAUCGGCCACAUGUACGGCAAGUUCCGCCAUCUCGGCCUCGUCAGCGAGUACGGCCGCCACUUGCGCGAGAUGCGCGCCGCGCGCCUCGAGGUCGUGCUGGAGCACGCGGACCACAUCGAGGGUCCGUGGCAGGAGUAUGAGUUCCAAUACAAGCCCGGCAACGUCAACUUCUCGCUGCCCAUGGCGGGUCCAUAUCUGCCGCGCCUUGACUUUCAGAUGUACGACGUCGCCGCCAAGACGUACGACAAGGUGCCGUGGCUGCCAGCGCUGGCGCUGCGCCUGCUGAGCAACGAGGCGAGCGUGAUGAAUCUGCUGAGCGGCCGCAGCCACUUGCGGCAGUCGCCGAAGUUCGUGCGCGGCGUGCUGUAUGAAUAUCACUACACAUCGUGGGCGGAGCGCAACAAUCUGGCGUAUUGGACGCGGCGGCGCGUGCGUGAGUUCCUGCCGCCGCUGGCGCUCGAUCAUGCGCCGCUGCAGGAGCAGCUGAAGGCGCUGAAGAUUCCGCUGCAGUAUAAGAUUCCGCCCGUGACGAAUGCGCCACUCAAGAACGCCCUGAUGUUCGUGCGCCGCCAGGCGAUGCUGCUCGAGGGCAGCUUCUUCGUGUUCUCCUUCCUGGCUCUCGGCUUCGCCAUCAUCGCCACGAACAGGCGCAACUGA